GGCAGAGUUAACAAACAAAUACACUGCAAGGUUGGUGCUGCGGGCAACUUUGGAAGACCACGUGGAAAGUUGCUCGAGGACCUUAUUCUAUCCCCUUCGCAGAAGGAAGAGGGUGAGAGAAGAGUGUUGAUGCAAUCAGAACAGAGUUAGGUCAAGGGUCAGAGGAGUUCUUGAUCCUGAUCUGUUGUGUUCGGUUUUGCUGUAUAGCUCUUGGCAAGGCAGCCAUGGCGAGCACCGAGAGAUGCUCCUGCCUUCUUACCUUCCUUCUCCUGAUCUUCUUCCUCCUUGCGUCAACAGCUCGUGGAGCUAAGUUUAUUGCAGAUGCCAAGGGCACAGGCGCCGGCGCCGCCGACAGCAGUGGUGUCACUGUCACGAUGAGGGAGGGAGUCGCCGGCGGUCAUGCGCACGGUGGUUACAGUAGCCAUGACACGCACAACCCCAAUGGCAUGCCGGACAACGGCGUAGAUCCUCGCAAUAUCGCCGGCCGGGGCACCCACCGUCGCGGCGCGGCGAGCAGGGCCUGCCGCCUCUACCCUCGUCUGGGAGCCUGGAUGGUUGUUGGAGCAAUGUCCUUUAAUUUCUGGUGCUUCUUGGCUUAAUUACUGGGAUAUAAGUGUUUGUUAUUCCUCUUUAUUUUUUUCUCAGACUAUAACGUUCGUUCCAAUUGUUUUUCUUUUCUGUUGCAAGCAAAAUGUAUACCCCCGUUCACUGAACGGGAGGUUGGUGAGGUUCUGUAUUUUGGCUUUCCGCAGGUUUGGAAAACUAGAGAGCUUGGUUUAUGCUACUGUUCACUUUUGGGGUUGUGUUGUAGUUGUAAAAUUGUCUGUACGACUGGUUCGACGAAAACAUGAAUCAAAUAUGCAAAAAAGAUUGCAUUUGCGGA